ACCUCCCCUUAAUGCUCUUCUAGCCAUAGCCUGAUAGCCUAAGCUCAGAUUAAUCUCUCAGGUAUUAUGGGGAGGUCUUCUUGUUACGAUGAAAGCGGUUUAAAGAAAGGGCCAUGGAUGCCAGAGGAAGAUGAGAAGCUGAUAGCAUACAUCAAGCAGAAUGGGCAUGGAAGCUGGAGAGCCCUCCCCAAGCUUGCAGGAUUGAACAGAUGUGGAAAGAGUUGCAGACUGAGGUGGACUAAUUAUUUGAAGCCUGAUAUCAAGAGAGGAAAGUUCUCCCAAGAGGAAGAGAAAGUCAUCAUCAACCUUCAUUCAGCUCUUGGAAAUAAGUGGUCUGCGAUCGCAAGCCAUCUACCAGGAAGAACGGACAAUGAGAUCAAGAAUUUAUGGAACACCCAUCUGAAGAAGAAACUCCUCAACUCGGGUAUUGACCCAGUAACCCACAGACCAAGAACUGAUCAUCAUCCCGACCUCUUUGCAAAUCUAUCUCAGCUGUUUGCUGUCGCAAACCUCAACAGUAUGAUGAUGAAACCAUUGGACAAUGCUCUCAGGCUACAGGAAGAGGUGGCACAGCUAGCCAGAAACCAAUUGUUGCAGCAACUACUUCAGGCCACUGAGAGCAGCGUGCCUCAAAAUCUGGCUGCAGAUAGUCUCUCGGCAAAUGCUCCCAUUCUGGGAUUCAACCACGCUGAAUACCUCCAACCAAACAACAAUCAUUUGGAAGGACUUAUAAAUAACCCACCAGAAGGAUUUCAGAGUCACCCACAAGGAUAUCAUCAGAGUAUUCAUCCACAAGAAUUACCGAGUAACCCACAAGUUGUUCCUAACAACCUUCCUUGUCCUGGCCUUUACUUGCCUUCCAACUUGGCAAAUUUGGGGAUCCAACAACCAUCCAACCAUAGCCAGAUCCUUGAUAACUCAGUUUACUUUGGAGGGUUAAGCUCACCAUUGAUCAACAGUGAACAUAACAUGGGUGAUAACAACUUGAUCAACUCAUAUAUUGAUCCAGCUGCCUUGGACACCAUUCCUCCAUUGGUUUCGGCCUCCAUUGAAAUGGAAAAAAAGAACAUGCCCAUCAACUCAUCCAUCCUGAUUGACACCUGGGGAGAAAUUAAUCUGCAGGAUGAUCAUCAUGAAGCCAGUGAUUAAUUACUAGAGUCGAGUUAUGUUUUCAUACAUUGAUACAAUUGCAGCUAAUGAGGUUCACCGGCUUGGCCAGUUUCAUCGGGACUGACUCCUGAUCUCCUGUCCACAACAACUCUACCCACGUCUACCCACAACACACUACCUUCUUCCCUGCUUAAUACUAUGUAAGAAGAUGAGAAUGAGAUGUUUUUUUAGGUAUGACUGCGAUGUUAUGUGGGUAGCCGUGAACAGAAUUCUUGUGGGCAAGAGAUUUGGACUCGUUUCAUCGACCUAUCACGCGCUUUCUUAGGGAUUACAUUGGGAGCUGAAGGAAUAAUUGUAGAUAAAAUAGUAAACCAUUAAUUGUCACUUCCAAAAGAUAAUAGGUGUUCAUUCAUGGUUUCUUUUAUUUUAUGAUAUUGUGCAAAAAGAUUAUACUUGAUUCAAUAUUGAUGCAUGAAUCAUUUCUUCUUUCUCUA